CUCAUCCCCCGGCUGCGCGCACUCUCUCCAGGCCGCCAACAGGGAUGCAUCGCGGGCGAAACGCAGCCUGAAAAAUGGCCCCGACUCCGUGCGUCUUGUGGAUUUAUCCGUCCCUUUUCCUGCUCACUUCCUCAGUGCUUUUUCACAUCUUGUCGCCGUGCGGAGCUUUAAGGAAUUACCCGGAUAAUGAAGUUACGUUGCUGGACUCCAUGUCGGCCUUGGCGGACCUGGGCUGGGAGGCUUAUCCUAAUGAGGGGUGGGAGGAGAUCAGCGUGAUGGAUGAGCGGAACACCCCGAUGAGGACGUACCAGGUGUGUAAUGUCAUGCAGGCCAAUCAAAACAACUGGCUGCGGACACGACACAUCAGCCGGGAGGGAGCGCAGCGCGUUUACAUCGAGAUCAAAUUCACCCUACGGGACUGUAACAGCCUGCCCGGGGUUCCCGGUACCUGCAAAGAGACAUUCAACAUGUACUACUAUGAGUCUAACAACGCCAACCUGUGGUUCAUCAAGGAGAGCCAGUAUGUCAAAAUCGAUACUAUUGCUGCAGAUGAAAGUUUUACACAGGUGGAUGUCGGUGACCGUGUGAUGAAGCUAAAUACCGAAGUGCGUGACAUCAGCAACCUGAGUAAAAAAGGCUUCUACCUGGCCUUCCAGGAUUUGGGCGCUUGCAUCGCACUGGUUUCGGUCAGGGUCUUCUACAAGAAGUGUCCUGUCACCGUGCUGAAUUUGGCCCAGUUCCCUGACACCAUAACAGGAGGAGACACAGCCCUGGUGGAGGUACACGGAGUGUGCGUGAAUGCCUCCGAGGAGUUUGAGGUUCCCAAGAUGUACUGCAGCGCCGACGGAGGCUGGCUGGUUCCUAUCGGGAGAUGUGUGUGCAAACCGGGCUUCCAGGAGAACAAGGACAUCUGCCAACCAUGCCGACCUGGAACCUACAAGGCCUCGGCCACAGACGCCUACUGCAACAAAUGUCCUCCACACAGCUCGUCUCCGCAGGAGCAAGCCACAGAGUGCGUUUGUGAGAAAGGCUUUUACCGGGCUGACAGCGAUCCACGCUCCAUGGCGUGCACACGUCCCCCUUCUGGUCCCGAAAACCCCAUCUCCACAGUGAACGAGACCUGUGUCACUCUGGAAUGGUCGCCCCCCAGAGACACGGGUGGAAGGGGCGAUAUCACUUACAGCCUUCACUGCAGAAAGUGCUCCGGUGAAGGCAAACAGUGUGUGCCCUGUGGAAGCAGCAUCCACUUUGUGCCCCGACAGUUCGGUCUCUCGUCGGCCACUGUUGUGGUCACAGACCUGCAGCCGGAUUCCAACUACAGUUUCAUGAUCGAGAGCCAGAAUGGAGUAUCAGACUUGAGUCCAACCCCGAAAGGAAGAGCAGUGAUUAAUAUCACUACAUCACAGACGGUGAGCGUUGUGUUAAAGGAGAGGCGCAGCAAGGACAGCGUGACCUUGGCCUGGCAAGGCCCAGAGAGACCCAAAGGUGCUAUAGUCGAGUAUGAGGUCAUCUACUAUGAGAAGAACCAGCGGGAGCAGAACUACACUGUUUUGAAAACUCGUUCCAACAUGAUGACAGUGGACGGGCUGAAACCAGGCACCACCUAUGUGUUCAGGGUCAGGGCUCGAACUGACGGGGGAUACGGCAGCUACGGUGGAGAGAUUGAACUGGAAACCAGCCAUGAAGACGUCUUUGCUAUAGGAGACCCCAACCAGACCACCAUCCUGGCUAUAUCCAUUGCGGGUGGAGUCGUGCUCCUCAUCUUCCUGGUGACAUGCUUCGUUGUGAGUGGAAGGCACUGUGGCUAUAUCAAAGCUAAGCAGGAUCCCGAUGAAGAGAAAAUGCAAUUCCAGCAUGGCCGAGUCAAGCUUCCUGGCAGUAGGACUUACAUCCAUCCUCACACCUACGAAGACCCCAACCAGGCUGUCAGAGACUUUGCCAAAGAGAUCGAUGCUACCAAUAUUCGCAUUGAGAGAGUUAUUGGAGCGGGAGAGUUUGGCGAAGUGUGCAGCGGGCGACUGCGCGUGCAAGGAAAGCGAGAGAUCUAUGUGGCCAUCAAGAGUCUGAAGGCAGGCUACUCAGACAAGCAGAGGCGGGACUUCCUUUCCGAAGCUUCCAUCAUGGGGCAGUUUGACCACCCCAACAUCAUCAGGCUGGAGGGAGUCGUCACCAAAUGCAAGCCGGUGAUGAUCAUAACAGAGUUCAUGGAGAACGGAUCACUGGACACCUUCCUCAAGAAACACGACGGCCAGUUCACGGUAAUCCAGCUGGUGGGCAUGCUGCGUGGCAUCGCCUCAGGCAUGAAGUACCUGUCAGACAUGAGCUACGUUCACCGAGAUCUCGCUGCACGGAACAUCCUGGUCAACAGCAACCUUGUGUGUAAGGUGUCGGACUUUGGUCUGAGUCGCGUUCUGGAGGACGACCCGGAGGCUGCGUACACAACAAGGGGAGGGAAGAUUCCCAUCAGGUGGACGGCACCUGAGGCCAUCGCCUACAGAAAGUUCACUUCAGCCAGCGAUGUGUGGAGUUAUGGUAUCGUCAUGUGGGAGGUCAUUUCAUACGGCGAAAGACCCUACUGGGAAAUGUCCAACCAGGAUGUCAUAAAAGCAAUAGACGAGGGCUACCGUCUUCCCGCACCGAUGGACUGUCCCGUGGUGCUGCACCAGCUCAUGUUGGACUGCUGGGAGAAAGGACGCAGCGAGCGACCAAAGUUUGGACAAAUUGUCACAAUCCUGGACAAGCUCAUCAGGAACCCUGCCAGCCUCAGAGAGCUGGCCAACAGCCCGGCAGGAGAGGAGCCCACCACUCCAGAAUUCAGUGUGAGCACUGUGGAUGAGUGGUUGGAGGCCAUCAAAAUGGGUCAAUAUAAGGAGAACUUUUCCAGCGCUGGAUACGUCAGUUUAGAUUCAAUUCUCUACAUCAGUGUCAGUGAAUUGUCUAAAAUGGGUGUGACUCUAGCCGGUCACCAGAAGAAGAUUUUAUCCAGUGUGCAGAGCCUGCAGACCCAGGGGACACAUGUCCAAGUAUAACACUCUCCGCAUUAACACACAUUAAGACACCGCUAGGGUUUGGAUGCCUGUGUUCAGAUUUUCCCCAUCGAAUGAAGACGUCACAGGAUUCGCCAUUGCUUUUGACGCUCACCGAGUUGGAGGACAAUAUGGAUGCUUGACUCCUUCACAUUGUGACACCAUUCUUACCUGGAGUCCCACCCAUAUGGAGAAACAUUUUAUUCACAUCGCAACAGCUAAUAAGAAAAUUUCAAAAAGACUCAGAAAGGAAAGAACAUAGAAUCUAAGUAUCAUGUGAGGUUUACAGUUGGUUUUGUUGUCUUCUUGUUCCUGCUUUCACCAGUUUGAAAGUUGCCACAGUGUAAGUAUAUGUGUAGAUGUUUAUAGGUGGCGGUGGGCCCCACAUCCAUAUAGAUGGACCUAACAUUUGUAUUGGUUUUGAGGUGUCCUAGUUUCUACAAGGUACAUUUAUCAGUGAUACGAAACGAGGACUGACGUGAAUGUUUGGGUGUGAUGGGAACAGGACCUAAAGAUGAAGUAUUGCAACUGGUAAAAAUUUGUGAGCGCUUCCCUCGACACUUUGGACUUUGACCAUUCAUGACAUGCAAAGAACCUCUGAAUGUGCAUCUGGUGUCAUUUUUCUUCCACUACAGUAUUCGCGAUGUCUGAGAAAUCAGUCAGCUUCACCAAUAGCUGCGUUUCCAUUACGCUUAACAAUUUGUAAAACUGAAACCUUGCAACGAAAAGUUGACAAAAGAAAUGUCCAAUUCCGAAAAAACACUCAAAUAUCGCCAAAAGUUUUUAACGCUUUCAUCCAAAGGAUUUAUUUCGGAUUUUAUACGCCACGGGACGUGACAUACCCAGUCACAUGAUCACUUCUCUUAUGAGGCUUCAUCCAGAGCCAUGUAGAGAAAAGAGUAGCGACACUCUGAUCUUGCCACAGAUGGUCACGUGGUUCACGUAGGCCUGAAUGGUUAGAAGCACGAGCAGUACUGGAAUGGUUUUCGACGGAACUGACAGUGGUAAUUGCGACAUUUUUUGGUAAACAUUAAUUAAAUCACAUAUCUAAGUACUUGUUUGAUUAUCUCAUUGGAGUCCGCCCUCGUCAAAGCGAUGUUUAGAACUAUACCAGGAAGUAAAAUCGUAUAAUUGACCCCUAUGGAAGUGUUGCUACUCAUUCUAGAUGGCUCUGGCUUUUUCAAAAAACAGCCUUCAAAGGAAACCUACUAAAUUAGCAAAUAAACAUUACCGACAUAUUUUAAAUACUGCCUUUAUUUUGCGGAAAACUGUCAUGGAAACGUAGCUAAUGUAAUUAAAAGGGGAGUUCAAACUGAUAUCAAGAUUUGAAUGUAAUCUCACUUCACCGCCGCUCACUUUCUGUUUCUGAUUGCGGAAAUUAGAAGCAAAAACUGUAUUUUCGGAAAGCUGUAAACUCCUCCCUCAAUGGAGGUAAUAGUGUUUAGGUGUGCAGGAAAAUUCAAAAUCAAUUUAAGACUGAUAGUUCUGCUUUUUUUUUUUUGCUGAAGGAUCAUCAAUGAUUGUUAUUCUAAAACAUGAUCAACCUUGUACUGUAAGUUUGACUAAAGGCCUUUUCACACUAACGUCAGUCCAGUGUAAAGAGCAGUCCAUGUCAAAAGCAAAAUGGGAGGAGCCACGUAGCCUGACGUAGACGCUGUCAGGAAGUAAAAAGCGGCAAGCAUAUUGACUACAGUCCCAAGCAGCAAUGGGUUUAUUUUUUAAUUGUUGCACAAGAAAACAGCAACUUUUCCUAUUUCAAGGAGUAGGGGGCAUUAUAAUAGCCAUGUAAAGAGUUUUACUAGUUUCGGUGAGAGGGUGAAUAGGUUUUUUUUUUGGUUCAUGAGCUAUGUCUCCACAUAAACGCACAUGGAGGUACCAUUUAGCUUAGCAAGCAUAGGUAUGAGGGUCAUUUUUCGAGUGUCCCAGAGCUCGCGAAACUUUAAAAAGCGCAUUUAUCAAGGUUUUUAUCGUGAUUUGUGUGCAAUCGUCUGCUGAAACAGCUUGAUAGCACAGGUAUAAGUAUGCCUGCCCCUCUGCAAUUAGAUGCGUUGUUGACGUCAGUGCGGCGGCGCUGUGAAAAUAUAACAAGUCUCUAUUAUGGGCCUCGCCCCUCGGUGAAAAUUCACACAGGACUUUGCGCUCCAUCCAAAACAACCGCCGCCUCUCACUUUCGCUGAGAAGUCCCUUCCCACAUACACAAUGAAUGGUUUGCCACUGGACCCUUUAAACUAGGCUGCUGCUAGUUUGAAACGGCCUUAAGUCCGCCUUUCUGUGAAGAAAAUGCCAAUCAUUUGCCGAGCAGUUGGUUAUCAGGUGAUAAGUAACGGGACCUUUUUUUUAAUGGCACUGAACCUGCGUUUUAGUGUUUUAAGUAGAACUCUAAAGAACAGUGGCAUAACGCACCAUAUAUAUGAUUGUAACAUAGUGUAAAAUAUGUACAGUGUUGAUUUGCAUUGUUAGAAUGUUUGUAAUGAUGAUGUAAUUUUGUUAUGUAAAUGAGAUUUGUGAGGGCAGAGAGGAGGAACGAAAGGAAUGUAGCAUGGGAAAGAAGCUUCAUCUUUGAUUGACAGGCAACAGCGAUCAGUUUCUACAUAAACUUGGAAAAAAGGAUGGACGUCAGUUGAUUUCAACACAGGAAUUUCAUUGGCUGGUGAUUACAAAGGCUCCUGCCGUACAUGGUGAUAUCAUGGUUGUGGUCGUGCAGGCAGGGGUGGAAUGUGAUUUUAUGAAAGGUGCACCGAUCGGUGGACGAUUUCACACAUUUUGCAGGAUCGGUCAAUCACUAAAAACAGUAUAUAACUGAUCUUGUCCGCCGAUCACUUCUAAAGCAUUUGGCCGAGAAUCUUCGUUCUCAUUAAUAGGAGCAUUAAAAUGCACUUGUCAGAUAUUUUAAAUAAUUUCAUGCACCCGACAAUGUUUAUAACUGUAACAUCCGCCACUCUUUGCUGCAUUAAUGUGGGUUUGUAUUGGCGUUUCAUGUGAUCACUGUUUUGUAGUGGUUUUGCAGCUACUAGAUGGUCUCAUUACACUGAAUUUCCAUUGCGAAUUCAGUCAGAUAGUAUUUGUUUAGUGAAAGCUCACAUUUGGCUCACAUUUUGAGUUUUAAUUUUUUGGGGGAAAGCAAAAUACUGCUCAAUGUAAUUUUUUGUGAUGGAAUUUUGAAUUACCUGACAGUAUUAGGGCCACAUAAAUAAUAAAAAGUAUAAAACGUAACUCUAUGUACUUCACCAAAUAUUACGAGAUGUAGCACUUUGUUGCCUCCAAUAAAAUUUACAAUAUUGAGUUGAAAUAUUACAUAAAUUGCAUAAAAUGACGUAGUAUUACAAGUUUAAUUUUGUGAUAUUAGGCCUUUUUUCUUGUAUUAUUAUGAGUAUUCUUUGAAUAACAUGACUUUAAGCUAUAAAAUACGUUUUUCUUGUAGUAUCUCCACGUUAUUCUCCCAAUAUCACGACUUUAUUCUCGUAGACAUUUUUUUCUUUCUUUAUUUAUUAUGCCGUAAUACUCAGUCAUAGAACUUAUCCAUUUGGAAGGAACGUUUCAAUAAUUUUUCAAGAGCUGCUGCAUGCAAAGUACAAACACAAAAAAAUAAUAAAGAAAAAGUAAUCUCACAAAAUAAUUGAUUGUAAUAUUAAAGCUACAUGCUGUUGCUUAUGAGAAAAAAAAUCGAGAUCGGCAAGACAAGCCUUUCAAAAGCUUGUGAUUAGCCAGAAAAUUGCGAUCGGUGCACCACUAGACUUUACGUACAAAUAUUGCAGUGAAAAUGACACUUCACGAAACUCACUCACAACCUCCAAACGGAAAAAGAAAUGUUGACAUAUUACAUAACGGCAAAGGAAAAUCUAAGGCAAAAUUUCAAUGGACAGAAAAAAACAUUUUCUACCACUGUCAAUCCAUUAAUACUGUACAUCGAAAAUAAUAUAACCCGACAGCAUGAGCGCAUUCUAAUCAUACCAAAUUUAUGAGUUCAUGGAUUUUGCAGAGUUCUCUCGAAUGGUGGCCUUUUGGAUGCCUUAUUUUGCUCUUGCUCUGUUUUGUUGCCCUAUAGAGGAUAUUAUAAGAAGUAAAGUGUGUGUACAGGAAAUAUUUAUCCGGUCUUCAAAUGUCCACGCAUCAACACUCUUUCAUUCUAACCAAUCAUUUUGCUCUCUUUACGUAGGGAAAACAUUUUGCAAAAGAAAGGUUGCCGUAUUGCUAUUUAUUUGAAUGUUAUAAUGUUCUGUGAUCAAAACAAAUGGUCUAUUUGUUUGGAGAAUUAUUUUAACAUGUUGGUAAUGACACGGAAACAUGAGCAUUCACAGUGCAGUGAAUGACUUUCAUGCUUACACAGUCAUUUUUACACCUCAAACGUUUCCCCAAAUUCACUUGGUGAAGUCAAGCCUGUCUUUGUCCUCCCUUCUUGUGAAUGAGUGACUCAUUUCAACUCGCACUCACUUUUCCUUUCUUCAGCCACCGAUUAACGCCAAUUAACCACCGAGCCAGUUUCCUCCGUCUUGCUUGUUGUAAAGGGUGUAGGCAUUCUCAUGUCUUUCAUGUUGCUGUAAUAAAUAUGCUAAUAUUUCUAAUUUCUCAGCUGCAGCCUGCAUUGUCUCUUUCUUUCGUUUUCCCACAAACACACAAGACACACUGAGUCAUUCACAUGCACAAUUCCAGAGAGACCCCACACAAUUCAAAGUGCCUUUACCGGAAAGUAAUACGAGAACGUGGCUUAAUUAUUUUUUGCUCCUAAAAAGCCUGAAAGUAUCAAAUGAUUUGUUGAGUGCUGACCAGUCAGCAAACAAGCCAGCCCCGCCUUUCUCGGCUCUGCUGCAAUGCUGACAGUCGGGUGAAAUGCUUCCAGAACAUCCACACUCGGUAACAAUAGCCUGGUCUUUUUCAUUCAGAUUCAAGAUCGCAGGUAAACUGUUUAAAUGUGACGUGAUUUAUUCCGAUCUGGUGUUUAAAUGUCCAUGAUUUAUUCCAAUCUGGUGUUUAAAUGUGCUACGACAUUUGAAUCGGAAAAGCUGUUUUCCAGACAUGUCGUGAUAAGCGCUGAUUGUAAUACUAUCGAUACCCAUACAGCACUAAAAUGUGUCAUCCAGAGUGCUGGAAGUCACUCACAGCAGGGGGUGCUGAGGAUCUUUUUUUGUUUUUCACAUCCAAGAGCAGCUGUUUCAGUCCAAAUUUGUCAUGCUCAAGUGUUUUUUUCCAUACAAGGCAUGCACAAUUGCAGUACCCACGCAUGCUGUAUAAUUCACGUACUACUACUAGGCUACUACAAAGACAGUGUUCCAGCGUUUUCGAAAAUGUUGCUGUUUUUGUAAAUAAAAAAUGGCUAAUUUGUUUUUGUGCCAUGUUAAUACCUACUCUGUCAACAGUUUACUUUUCUAUUCUGAGAAUGCCAUAUUCAACAUGACCCAGUAGCAAGCAAGGUGUCAGGUGGUGUUAUAAACAACAACAAAAAAACUUUUUAAACAUAUACUGUGAUUUCUCGCUACUUCGCGCUACAAACUUCGUGACCUCAGUCCAUCGCAGAUUUUUCUUAAAUUAAAAAGAAAAUAUACAGUGCUGGCCAAACGUAUUGGCAUCACUGCAAUUCUGUCAGAUAAUGGUCAAUUUCUCCCGGAAAAUGAUUGCAAAUACAAAUGCUUUGGUAGUAAUGUCUUCAUUUAUUUUGCUUGCAAUGAAAAAUUACAAAAGAGAACAAAAAUAGAAAUAAAUCAUGAUCAUUUUACACAAAACUCCAAAAAUGGGCCAGACAAAAGUAUUGGCACCGUCAGCCUAAUACUUGGUAGCACGACCUUUAGACGAAAUAAUUGCGAACGACCGCUUCCAGUAUCCAUCAAUGAGAUUCUUACAAUGCUCUGCUUAAAUUUUAGACCUGAGAUUUGAACGGUGCCUUCUCCAAACUGCCAUUUUCAGAUCUCUCCACAGGUGUUCAAUUGGAUUCAGGUCUGGACUCAUUGCUGGCCACUUUAGAAGUCUCCAGUGCUUUCUCUCAAACAAUUUUCUAGUGCUUUUUGAAGUGUGUUUUGGGUCAUUGUCCUGCUGGAAGACCCAUGAUCUCUGAGGGAGACCCAGCUUUCUUACACUGGGCCCUACAUUAUGCUGCAAAAUUUGUUGAUAGUCUUCAGACUUCAUAAUGCCAUGCACACGGUCAAGCAGUCCAGUGCAGGGGCAGCAAAGCAACCCCAAAACAUCAGGGAACCUCUGCUAUGUUUGAGUGUGGGGAACGUGUUCUUUGCUUUGUAGGCCUUGUUUUUUUUUUUCCUUGUAAACUUUAUGUUGAUGUAUGCCUUUUCCCAAAAAGCUCUACUUUUGUCUCAUCUGACCAAAGAACAUUCUUCCAAAACAUUUUUGGCUUUUUAGGUAAGCUUUGGCUAACCCAGCCUGGCUUUUUUAUGUCUCUAGGUCAGAAGUGGGGUCUUCCUGGGUAUCCUACCAUAGAGUCCCUUUUCAGUCAGAAGCCGACGUAUAGUACAUGUUGACACUGUUGUAUCCUCGGACUGCAGGACAGCUUGAACUUGUUUGGAUGUUAACCGAGGUUCUUUAUCCACCAUCCGCACAAUCUUUCGUUGAAAUCUAACGUCAAUUUUUCUUGUCCGUCCACAUCUAGGGAGGUUAGCCACAGUGCCAUGGGCUUUACACAUAGUGAUGACACUGCGCACAGUAGACACAGGAACAUUCAGGUCUUUGGAGAUGGACUUAUAGCCUUAAGAUUGCUCAUGCUCCCUCACCAUUUUGCUUCUCAAGUCCUCAGACAGUUCUUCGGUCUUCUUUCUUUUCUCCAUACUCAAUGUGAUACACACAAAGGCACAGGACAGAGGUUGAGUCAACUUUAAUCCAUUUUAACUGGCUGUACGUGUGAUUUAGUUAUUGUCACCACCUGUUGUGUGCCACAGGUAAGUAACAGGUUAUGUUACUUACACAAGUAAGAGAAGCAUCACAUGAUUUUUCAAAGGGUGCCAAUACUUUCGUCCGGACCAUUUUUGGAGUUUCGUGUGAAAUGAUAAUGUUUAAAAAAAAAAAAAAAUUCCAUUCUGUUUUGUGUUUUUUCAUUGCAAGCAAAAUAAAUGAAGACAUUUCUAGCAAAGCAUUUGUAAUUGCAAUCAUUAUCUGGGAGAAAUUGAGCAGUAUCUGACAGAAUUGCAGGGGUGCCAAUACUUUUGGCCAGCAGUGUCUAUACAGUAUUUCAUUUUAAAAUGUUAAGAUAAAUGCAUGUACACAGUACAUGUACAAAAUUUUUUAUUUUCAAAAGUGGACACUCAUUGGAACCUGACAACGUUCCAAAUCACCGUAGACAUGACAAUAUUUCACUUUUAAACCGAUUGGGAAAAUUAAUAAAUCACGCCUUUUUGGCUUGUUUCAUUCCGAUUUUAUUCGCUUUAGGCUUGUAUUCUGAGUCUAAUUGGAAUAUUUGGCUCCAUGUAAACCAAGUUCGUGUCAGGCCUGCUAACCGCAUCUUCACUCAGUGUGUAUUGUGUUCCUUCAGGAGAGAUAAUUUUGUCUCCAGGGAUGGAUGAGGUCAGCGACUCCUGGCCUUAGUUAACCCCUUAAUGCAGUAGCCCAGUUGCUGUGGCUGUAUGAUACUACCAUUACACCUCAUUUAGCCCAUCAUGUUAGGGUCCAUAUUCCCCUAUCAUUCGCUCCCCCACCACACACAAACACAGCAAGACCUACAAAAAUCCUUCCGUUUUUUGCAAUCUCCCUCGUCUGGGUACCUUAAUCUUUUUACUGGCCCCAUGCGCUCCCAUCCUGCCUGUUCUGUGCAUCCGGAGUAGACAGACAGAAAGGUAGCAGCUCGUUUUAAGACCUACACUCUACUAUCUUUCAGCAUUUUUAAAUUAUCCCCAGCACUAAUCAAGCAGCCCUCAUGAGAUUUGGUUACUAAUAUCACCACUUGAGAUGUUCUGAUGGAGAUAUAUAUAUUUUUUUAACCUCCAAUGCGAUCCAAUUUUUUGAUGAUGCCAAUUUGAUCCGAUUAAUGCAAAGGAGCAAAACUACACCAAAACCAAUUCAACAAUGCUAAAUGAUAUAUUGCUGUAAUACGAUGUUUUUUUCACAACGAAGCAAUGCACACUGAUCGACCCUAACUCUCUACUUCUUUUGUGUAUCCUUUUAUUUUUGUGAAGCACACGUUUUGUUGCAGGUUGUUUAAUGGUCGAAUUUUGAUAGCCACACCUGUUUGGCGGGUAUCAGAGCCAUAAAAACUCAUCUUUAAGCCACUCACGUCCACCUCACAGACUUAUGGGAAUGUAGUAUAUUGCAACAGUGCGCCGAUACUAACUACCAACCUUCUGAAACGAGCUAUAAGAGUUGGGUAGAAUUGCCAAAAAUGCUACUCAAGUAAGAAUAGCAUUACCGGUACUUGUAAAAGUAAAAGUAGUCAUACAAAAAAUGUACUCAUGUACAAGUGAAAAAAAUCGGUGAAACAAAUUCUCAAGUAAUGAGUAACAUUGUGAGAAACUGCUUACAAUGUCAGAUUUUUUUUUUUAAAUAUUUUUUUCCUCAGCUUUUUUCCCCCCCUCUAUUAACUGUUAUUGUUAUACUGUACUAUAACUUCCUACAUUAGCAUAUUAAGUGAAAAAAUGAACACAAAAAUAAUUGAAUUCCAACAAGAGCAAUCUACAGAAAUGAAAUAUCACCCUUCCAAAGAGCAAGUUCCAAAGUGCCCUGUAGUAGAGAAAAUAGUUCCUACUGUGAAAAAAAAAUAUCCUAUGUCCAUGAUCUGUCGGUGCCAAAUAAAGACUGGGGUUGGGGGGUGAAAUCCAUGCUUUCGAGGAGUGUUGUGCCAGUGCUUUAAGGACGCCUUGUGAUUGAACAGGCAUGUAAAGACUAGUGUAGCUCAAAGUAGCGUAGUAAGAGUAGCAUUUCUUCUUCACAAAUCUACUCAGGUAAAAAUGAAAAGUAUGGCGUGUUAGUGAAUAAAUGAAACAGAUUA